GGAUCUUCCCAGACGUUUUUUCUUUUGCUCUGUGAUUGGCCAGUAGGGAGUUUCCAUGGUAACAGACGCCACAGUUUUCUAGCGUUGAAGACAACGCGGGCUUCCCAUGACCGAGUUUGAAGGGAGGGCUCGCAAUUUAGUACGCACGCGCGUUCUCUCUGGAUUAGCGAGGGCAACAGAGACCAGCUUCCUCUCUGCGACCCUUUGACAACCGUCACGCUUGAGACUGGCAGCUCUCGGACAGGGACUCGAUCGUGGCUGCUCUGCUCGAGAGCCAGGUGUCCUCAGAGACAAGCGGGACAGAGCCUGCAGGAAACCGCAGCCCGGAAGAGCGAAGAGUUGACCCAUCCAAAGCGUAUCCCCAGGCCCUGGAAUGCAGAGCGAGCAGGACCUCGUCUCCGAACCCCGGCAGGAACCCGCGGAGGAAGACCCGGCCGCGUGCGUGGAGACGGGCAAGACACCCGACUUCCGGAUAGUGGUCUCUGCAGAAGCCAAUGAAGACCCUUCAGCCACCUUGUUCCCGCCACCAUUGCCCCAGCCCAGGAUAUGCAUGUGGAAGUACCUGGACAUCCACUCCAUGCAUCAGCUGGAGAAGGCAGUCGGCACUGAUGAGAUGAGGGAGGUGCUGGCCAAGUUGCUGGGGCUAGACUGUCCUGCGGAGAACCUGCGGGAAGCCAUCAUCUUGGACCUUUUCUCCCAUGCAGUCAUCUUCUGCCGCCAGCAGGGCUUCUCCCUGGAGCAGACGUCAACAGUGUGUGCCAUGCUCCAGGACCUUCACAAAGCUUGUGUUGCAACCCCCCUGGGCAAUCUGGAGGAAUGUUACCGCUACUUCACCAGUGUCCUUUUCUGCCAUGGAGUCAGGCGGCCCCCCUUCAGCAUAAACCUCUUCAAGGAAGAGCAGCUGCUGGCGCUGGCCGAUUACGUGGUCAACACCUACUUCCGCCACUUCAAGCUCUACAAAUACGUCUUCACGCCACAGGUGCAGCUGGAUCUGUCUUUGACUUACAUGGGACUGCAGCCAGACCAGUGCUCUCCUGAGGGCGAGCCAGAGAAGGAAGAAACUGAGGAGGUGGAGGAGCAGGCAGGCACUGCACAGGAGCAGGAAGAGGAGGCAGUGGUCAAGCCAGAGCAAGAACCGAGCCAGGUCACUCUCCUCCGAGCCUACAUCAAGUCCCAGCUGAGCAAGGAACUGGGGCAGCUCCAACAGCUGGUGGAGGAACGGCUCAGUGCCAGUGAGGACAGGCUCAAUAACAAGCUGGCAGCGCUGGAGCGGCCUUCCCAGACACCUCCAGCCAAAGGCAAGACCAAGACCAAGUGACCCGGUGUUUCUCCCAAUAAAGGCUGGGGUCAGAGCGGCCCUUUCCCUGUC